AUGCGGAGUGACUACGAUCUUGUCGCAACGGAUAGUGUUCCGAGCGUGUCCGGAUGGGACCGUCGAAGCGGCUUGAUUUCGUAUCAUAAUGCAAACUGCCUGAGGUCUCUCGGCUCACGUUCGGGUCAAGUGCGAUUCGGACGUGCCGUCAAAGUAGCUCGAUAUCGUGUUAGACUACAAGCUGCCUUGAGGAGUUCGACUCGCACUCGGCUGAAGCGAUUUUCUGUUCCGUGGCUGGACCAGGUUAUUUCUAUAUAUCUAAUUACGCUUAAGAGUCUAAGGAGGCGCUUAAGGAUUCGCAAGGGCUGGCCAUUUAAGUCGUCUCGAAUAUUAGGAAUGAAUUUGAUUGGGGCUGGACUCAUGGAUGAGCUGCCUACGUACCUCCAGGGAAGGAGGAUCAAGUCUGGACGUAGUUCGUGGGGUGGAGAUACCUCAGAUGAGAUUGUUUUAACGAAGUACCGUUUCAGGUACAUUGCGUUUAAAUGA